CGGUACGAAGUUAGGGGCGUGCGCUUGCGAGGGCUGUCCGGCGCGACUGCAAGUCGUUUCACAACGCGGCUACGCAUCCAACGAGCGGGAAGGAGUUUGCCCGACGGCCACGACUCCUAAUCGGCCGCGGAGGAGCUCGGGAAGUGAAGCGACUUCGCCUGUCCGAUAGCAUUCGAAAUCCCUAUUCCGUCCUCAUAAAGCCUACUGAAGAAAAUGGACACCAAGCGCACCGCGCGUACGGUGAAUGAAGUCGUUAUUGCUUCGUUUGCAAGGACACCAAUUGGUUCUUUCCGGGGCUGCUUGGCUGCGGUCCCAGCAACAAGACUCGGUUCCAUAGCGAUCAAAGGGGCCGUCGACAGAGCGGGGAUCAAGUUCGAAGAUGUUCAGGAAGUCAUUAUGGGCAACGUGGUCUCUUCUGGUGCUGGGCAGGCACCGGCAAGGCAGGCAGCUUUGGGAGCAGGUCUCCCACUAUCCGCACCAUGCACAACAAUCAACAAAGUCUGUGCUUCGGGCAUGAAAGCGAUCAUACUAGCUGCUCAAAGCCUCAUGUGUGGAUGUCAGGAUAUUAUGGUUGCCGGUGGCAUGGAGAGCAUGUCGAAUAUUCCGUUCUACUUGUCCCGAGGGGAGACCCCGUAUGGAGGGAUUCAUUUACAAGAUGGCAUCGUACACGAUGGCAUGACUGACGCCUACGACAAGAUUCACAUGGGGACUUGCGCUGAGAAAACGGCCAAGAAGUACGAGCUGUCGCGAGAAGACCAAGACAAUUUCGCAAUGGAAAGCUACAAGAGAAGCGCAGCAGCUGCAAAGGAAGGCAUCCUUGCCAAGGAAAUUGUGCCAGUGGCAAUACCGGUAAAGCCUGGAAAGCCUGAGGUUGUGGUAACCGAGGACGAGGAAUACAAACGAGCUGACUUUGAUAAGUUUUCCAGCUUGCCAACUCCGUUCGUUGAAGAAGGCGGUACUAUCACAGCUGCGAAUGCGAGCGGCCUGAAUGAUGGGGCAGCUGCUUGCGUCUUGAUGACUCGCCAGGCAGCCGAUCGGCUCGGAGUGAAGCCACUUGCAAGGAUUGUCGGCUUUGGCGAUGCUGCUGUGGAACCAGUGCACUUUUCGAUUGCGACUGCAUACGCAAUCACAAAGGUUUUGAAAGAGGCUGGCUUGAAAGCUGAAGAUGUGUCCAUGUUCGAAAUCAACGAGCCCUUCAGUUCUGCCGUCCUGUGCAACAUGAAACAUCUUCGGCUGGACCACUCUAAAGUGAAUAUUCAUGGAGGUUCAGUCAGCCUUGGACAUCCAAUUGGGGCGUCUGGUGCAAGGAUUACAGGACGCUUAGCGCUGCAUCUGAAGCCAGGACAGUACGGCCUUGCUGCCGCCUGCAACGGUGGUGGUGGCGGUUCUGCUAUUCUCAUCCAGAAGCUUUAAGUUUGCUACGAUUGUAUUCGGAGACAAGCUUGAUGGCGCCAUGAACUUCAAUAGGCACUCCUAUGUCUUGACGCCAUUUGUUCUUAUACUGACCAAGUCUAGUACACACCGUAUAUUUCGUCGAUAAAGGUACCAGGUGGUAAGAAAUUACAUGUGCAUGGAUUUAAAUUCAGAUACUUUUGUUGCAAUAAAGAAUUUACAGUCUU